CUGCGGCGGGCGGACCCGGGGUUCUGCCGAGAGGGUCCCGGCGUCGGCCCCGCCGGGCCCCGGGCCGCCGCGCAGACCAUGCUCCUGGUGCGCCUGACCUCCCCGCUGUUCAGGGCCGUUCCCUGGGCCGGCCGCCGCGGGCUCUGGCCCAGCUCCGGAGCGCCGCGCGGCCCGGCCUGCGGGCGCCUGUGCAGCACGCAGCCAGCCGGCCCGGGCGGGGCGGCCUCCCUCCCCCGCAGGGGGCCCCCGGAGCUGGAGGAGACGCUGGUCCCCAGGAAGAUGUCCAUCAGCCCGCUGGAGAGCUGGCUUACGGCCCGCUGCCUCCUGCCCGGACUGGAUGCCGGGACCCCGGGGACUGUGGCUCCACCCCAAUCCCACGAGUGUCAGCCCUGCCGUACGGGGGAAAGGGCUGCAGGGGACGAGGGGGUCGGGGGUGCGCCUCCGAUGCGGGGCAAAAACGUGCUGAAGAUCCGCCGGCGGAAGAUGAACCGCCAUAAGUACCGGAAGCUGGUGAAGAGGACGCGGUUCCUGCGGCGGAAGAUCCGGGAAGGACGCCUGAAACGGAAGCAGCUCAAGUUCGAGAGAGACCUGAGGCGCAUCUGGCUGAAGGCGGGGCUGAAGGAAGCCCCCGAAGGCUGGCAGACCCCCAAGAGCUACCAGCGGGGCAGAUGAGCCUGGCACCGCCCUCCCGCCCGCUGCUGCUGUGAUCCGUGGGAAUAAAUGCUCGGAGUACUCAGCCGUCCCCGC